AAAUCUUAUUUCGAUGGUGCACAUAUGACAGCUUCAGAAAAAUGUGAAACUUGAAUAUUAUCGCCGAUUUCACUUCGAAAGUGCUAAUUCUCCAAAAUGUCAAAUUUAAUGUGAAGUUUUCUUAUAAUGUACAACCGUAUACGGUUGCUUCUUUCGAAACAAAUUCAUGUGAACGUCAGCUCGAAAGCUAAAAAAUCAAAUGAAGCAACCAUUCAACUUCAAUCGCCAUAUGCAUUACACAAUUUGAAAAAUGGACCAUCCGAGUCGGUCACCCUGACAAGAGAAGAUGGUCUUCAUAUUCUUAAGGACAUGGACACCAUUCGAAGAUUUGAAAACAGCUGCGCUCAAAUGUAUAGAGAGAAGGUAAUACGAGGAUUCUGUCAUUUAUAUGCCGGACAAGAGGCAGUUGGUGUUGGAAUUUUGGCCGCAAUGAGACCCCAAGAUGUCUGUAUAACUUCCUAUAGGGCCCACGGGAUGGCUUAUCUUUUGGGGGCUACUGUUGAAGAAAUUUUAUGUGAACUGACAGGUAGAGCAAGUGGUAUCGCCAGAGGAAAGGGUGGUUCUAUGCAUAUGUAUGCUCCAAGAUUGUACGGAGGCAACGGAAUCGUAGGAUCCCAUAUUCCUGUAGGUACUGGUUUAGGUUUUGCCAUGAAAUACUUGGGUAAAGAAGCAGUUUCAGUCACUAUGUAUGGCGAUGGAGCUGCAAAUCAGGGACAAUGCUACGAAUCAUUAAACAUGGCAAAACUCUUAAAUUUACCAGUGAUCUAUGUGAUAGAAAAUAAUUAUUAUGGUCUAGGUACCUUCUACAAGAGGGUGUCAGCAAAUCCUAAAUUCUACACAAGAUGCGAGUACAUCCCAGGAGUUUUUGUAGAUGGCAUGGAUGUCUUAGCGGUCCGCGAAUGUAUGAGAUUCGCUAUAGAUUAUAUCGUAAAAGGAAAUGGACCUAUAAUUGUAGAAUGCAUGACUUACAGAUAUUAUGGACAUUCAAUGUCUGACCCUGGAACCAGUUAUAGAAAAAGAGAAGAAAUAGAGGAAAUGAGAGAAAAAAGGGAUUGCCUUAAAAAAUUGAAGAAAUAUCUCAUAGAUUCAAAUUUAUCUACAGCAGAAGAAAUAAAAGCUAUAGAAAAGGAUGGAAAGAAACUUGUCGAGAAAGCAACAGAAUUUUCGAGAAAAGAUAAAUUUCCAGCACCCACAGAGCUUCAUACCGACGUCUAUGUGAAAUCAUUAGAGCCAAUUCGAAAUGUUCUUCCCUCGAAUCCUUUACCUCAUAUCAAUACGAAGAAAUAAAAUAUGAAACACA